AUGGAUGAAGAAAUAUUUGAUAAUCCAAUUCAAAAAUUAAAUUAUAAUAUAAGAACUGAAGAAUCAGGUUCAUUAUUAAAAUAUUUACAAUCACAAAAAUCAAAUUUCACAGAUUCUAAAAAAUUCAUUUCAUUUAAACAAAAAGGAAAUGAUUCAGUUGGAAUUCGUAAAGAAAUCACUCAAAAAAAGUCAUUCCCAUUAGAUAAUGGUUUCAUUGGUACUGUAGCAGAUCCAUUCAUUGCAAUUGCAUUUCAAAUAUCUGAUAGAUUUAAUAUUGAUGAAUAUUUAGCUUGCAGAAUUUUAUAUUCAGUAGUUGAUCAUAGUACCACAAGAGAUGAAAAAGAAUUAAUUGAAUUAUCAGAAAAAUUUAUUUACCAAAAUAGAUCAUGCUAUUUACAAUUUUUAAGAGAAAUAUUACAUACAUUACAAAGUAGAGAUUCUGUUAAUGAUAUUAAUCAUUCAAAGAUGAAACAUGAUAUAUUACAAUCAUUUAUUGGUGAAUUAAUUUCAGAGCAAACUAAUGAUAAGAAUAUAGUAACAAUUUUAAUUAAAACAUUAGAAGAGAAAGUUAAAGAUAUGAAUGGUACUGUAAAUCCAUUAGAAUGUUGUUUUAGAGUAAAAGAAUGUAUUCAAAUUGUUGAAUGUUUAUUUUUAAUUUCAAUUCAAUUUACAAUUAAAGAAGAUAUUAUUAAAUUAUAUAUCAGAGUUUUAAAUCAAGUAAUUGAGAAAGAAAAGAGGGAAGAUUCAAUUUUAAAGAAAUCAUUAUUUGAAAUUAUGUUUACAUUAUAUUUCACAAUUUUUGCAGUUUUUGAUAAUGUUAAAAAUAGUCAAGUAUUUAAUGCAAUUGAAAAAAGAUAUACUUUUAAUGAAAUUAGUUCAACUGAUUCAAUUGAAAAUGAAAUUAAACAAAUUGAUAACCAACAUCCAAUUAAAUCUUCAUUAUAUGCAAUUUUUAAUAUAAUUUUAAUUGCAAAAGAAAAUAAUAAUAGUAAUAGUAAUAGUAAUAGUAAUAGUAAUAGUAAUAGUAAUAGUAAUAAUAAUAAUAAUCGUAUUACCCCUGAAAAUGAUUCAUAUAAAUUCCUUUUACAAGCAGUUCAAACACAAGAAUAUCAAUUGUCACCUUUAAAUAUCCUAUUUGGUUCAUUUAUAAAUAUUUUAUCUUGUAGAUUUUUAUCAAAUUUAUCAAGUCACCCAACUAAAAAAGACAUUUUAUAUUAA